AUGCCGAUUCUCUCCAGCAUCAUCAGCAAACUGGUCUGGGCCGACGGUCAGCCUCCGAAAGCCCCACAACAACAAUCGACCACAACCCCGGCCGGCCCCGCCGCACCGGUAGCAGCAGGAACAACAACAACACAAACACCCAUUCCAGCUCCUGCCAAUGCCUCGUCACUUGCACCCACAUCAGAUGCGGCGCGCUACCCACCCGCACAGCAAUGGGAGGAACGUCCUUACCCGCCCCUCUUCUCGGAGCGCUCCAUGAAGCAGCUUGGCCUCUUCUUCGGCGGCGCCACCUUCUUCGCCCUCUCCGUUGCCGUCUCCCGGCGCGCCGUGGCCCGCCACCUCAAGGCCUCCAAGAUGGAGAUCUUUGCGCCUAACACCAUGGCCUCGGGCAUAGCGCGACCCGGUGCUGGCAACAUCAACGCCAAGGCCGACAAGGAUCCCAUGAUGGCCGCCGAGGCCCUCACUCUGGCCACGCUCAACGUCGUCAGCUUCGCCACCAUGGCCGCCGGAGGCACCAGCUGGGCCCUUGACAUCUUGUCGGUGGAGGACCUGAGGAGGAAGGCGCGCAGGACGCUGUAUGGCGGCAACGAAGCCAACCUGGAUGAGGAGGCCGAGAAGGAGGUUGCCGAGUGGGUGGCCAAGACGUUGGGGAUUGAUUUGGAGAAGGCGGAGGAGGAGGCCAAGGGUAAGAUGUUUGCCGACGAGGCUGUUAAGAAGCCGUGA